ACAGCCUCGCUGGAGAUUAGGAACAGGGACGCUAAGAAGAGAGAACCGAACCAGCCUGCCCCACGUCCCCACAAACCCAGCUCCUUCCCUGCUCUGCCUGGAGCUGUCUAUUUUCUUAAAUCCUCCUUCAGUGUUGCAGUUUUCAAGCUCUUUGCCUUGUCCAGCCCGUCUGAAGAGGUCCUGCUUGUUAUAAGCCGGUUGAUCUGGAACUUCAAGCUCUCAUCUUUCCUUAGGUGAUUUUACUUAAUCCCCCUCUCCCCCUUCAGCGGCAGGAUGGCCGAGCCUGAACUCAGGUCUAAGAAGGUAACUGUAUUUUGCCAGCAAGCACUGCACGGGCUGACCUACCGCAUCCCAGCCCUGCUAUUCCUUGCCUCCGAAUCGGCUUUCUUAGCUUUUGCAGAGCAACGGUCAACGCCCAGGGAUAGCGAUGCAAAGUGUCUGGUGAUGAAGCGAGGGUUGAAAGAAGGAACUUCGGUCCAGUGGGGUCCCCAGCAGACUCUGGAGACAGCUGUACUGCCCAAAUAUCGCACCAUGAACCCGUGUCCUGUGUACGAUGCAAAGCAAGGCACCAUUUUCUUGUUCUUCAUCUGUGUGGAAGCCAAUGUUUCAGAAGGACUUCAGAUCAAGACAGGGAGGAAUGCAGCCAGGUUGGGCUACAUCUUCAGCAAAGAUGGAGGACACACAUGGAGUCCAAUGAUGGACUUGACGGAACAGGUGAUUGGAGAUGAUGUAAGACACAGGGCCACUUUUGCUGUGGGACCAGGCCACGGGGUGCAGUUGAGCUCAGGGCGGCUGGUUGUCCCAGCCUAUGCUUACUACAUCCACAAGCGUUUCUUAGGGCACCCGCUCUGCUGUUACACCAAACCUCACUCCUUCACCUUCUACAGUGAUGAUGGUGGGCAGACUUGGCUGAAGGGCCAACUUCUCAAAACACUGCGGGCCUCAGAGUGCCAAAUUGCCGAACUGGUGGACCAGCAUCAUAAUCCAGUGUUAUACUGUAAUGCCCGCAGCCCUGACAGAUACUGGGUUGAGGCCUUCAGCAGAGAUGGUGGAUGCUUCUUUGAGGACUCCUUCCAGUCUCCGAAGCUGCAGGAGACCUCUCAUGGCUGUCAAGGUAGUGUGGUGAGUUUUCCUCCGCUAGAGCUGGGGGCUAAGUCUCCCCUUGCCUCCUCAAAGAGCCCCAAGUCGUGGUUGAUCUUCUCCCAUCCCACCAACCCAAAGAAGCGUGUGGAUCUGGGCAUCUACCUGAACACCUGCCCGUUGCAGAGAGACUCCUGGAGCUGACCCUGGGUCUUGCAUCAAGGGCCCAGUGGCUACUCAGACCUGGCUGUAUGCCAAGGGGAAGACCAUAUCUUCUUCGGCUGCUUGUUCGAGUGUGGAGAGUCGUCGUCCUGCGAAGAAAUAGCCUUCCAGCUUUUCACUAUAUGCUGAACUGUGAUCGCACGCACAACCCCAUGCCCUCUUUCCCUGGCCUUUCUGACCUCAUGCCGCACUGAGCACCCUGCAGUACCCCAGCGGUCCUUACCUGGGACUCCCUCCACUUCCCGCUUGCUUAAUGACAACCAACAAGCAAGCCUGGUCCCAGCUGCAGUUGUAACUCAAGGACUACCUGUACGGCCAUGAUUUAAAUGCUGUACGUACCAGUGCUGUUUCUCCCAACCAGCUCCA